AUGCGAAUCGGUAUUCGAGAACAGUUGGCGGCCGUCGUUUUGGUCACCGCAUUGGCACCUCUUGCCGUCCUAGCCAUCGCCAUAUGGAUAAAUAAUCACAACUUAGUGGUCAAUGUCACUUCUGCAGAGCUCACCUUGGCCGCGAGUUUGAAGGCAUCACAAAUUGCAUCGGACCUCUUACUCAUCCAGGCAACCUGUGCAACUAUCGUGACGAGAAUAGUACUUCAGGAUGCACUCAAACAGUUCUAUCGAGGAAAUCUAUCGGAUAGCAACUGGACUGCCGCCAUAAGGGACGUUGAUGGAGCCUUAGCAAGCGGUGGAUUUUCGUCUCUCGUUCAGACGAUAGUAUACUCGCGGAACACAACUGGCAAUUCAAGUGGACUGUUAAGGGCGACCGCAAAUACCGCGGGGAUCCAGUUGCCUGAACAAUAUCCUAACGGAACGUAUGCAAUGCUUGGAGAUCCCGGUGAUUUAGGCUAUCCCACAGAACUGUACCCGAACAUCACAUACGGUGUAUCUAAUAAACAUGACCAUGUUGAUCCUACGGUAAACGCGGUAAACGCAACUGCAUUUCUGGAUUUUCCGCUGAACGCAACAUCGGCCCUCUUGCUUGGACCACUGCAAAUCAACAACUCCUAUGCGCUGGUGUCCUUGACUUUGCCAAUAGUAGAUGAUGGGAGGCCCGGAUUUGUCCUUGGCUUCAUGACAGUAGUUGCCGCAGCCACUGCGCUCAUCGAUGUAAGCCAGUCUCGCGAAGGGUUGGCCAAAACUGGAAUUGUGAUUUUAGUUGGACCUAACAGGCGCGAAAAUCUGUUCAAGUAUACACAGCGGCCUGCCACCGACACUUACGCCCCUGCUGCAGGCGCAUUGGGAAAUGCCUCCGUUCGCUACAUUCUGCCUCCAGUUGCCGCUCCCGGAGACUCCGAUAGGCACUUGGCUUACAAUCAAGCUCUCAACAAGAGCAUUCGUUCGAACUUUAGCAUGGGCCUGUAUCCAGCUGCCGUAGCAGGAUUUGGAAAGCAAAACAGUGCCAUAAAUAACGCCAGUAGUAUUCUUACUACAACGAACGAAAACAAUGUUACUGUUGCCGUCGGAUAUGCUAGACCGCAAAGUUCUCUCGUGAGCUGGCUCCUGAUAGUGGAGCAAAGCCACUCUGAAGCAUGGGCGCCCAUUAACCACCUUAGGGCUAUUGUCUUGAGUUGUGUCUUCGGUACUAUUGGCUUCGUCAUUCUUAUUAUUCUGCCCAUUGCCCAUUACAGUGUCCGACCAAUACGAAGGUUGAGAGAUGCCACGGAGAAAUCAAUUGCACCUCCUGGCUACACGCCAAAUGGUAGUAUCAGAUCUGAAAGGCUUGACGAGGCAGAUCUAUCUGGAUGCGAACUCGGCGGUGAUGUAGAAGUGAGGAGAAGUCCAACGAGCACAUCUCAACGAUCAAAGAAGGGCCUAUUUAUGAAAUUGCGAAGGUUGGCGUACCCUGGGAAACAAAAAACUGAAACUGAGCGCACAGAGGAUGAAAGGAGGAGAGUCUUCAAGAUCCCAGCCAAAGUCCGGGAUCGAAAACACUUCAUCACUGACGAACUGACGGAAUUGACGAAAACUUUCAACGAUAUGUCCGAUGAGCUUAUGUUACAAUACGAAAGACUUGAACAGAAAGUGGCUGAACGUACACAAGAGCUAGAAAUAUCCAAGAAAGCUGCAGAAGCAGCAAAUGAGAGCAAAACUUUGUUCAUUGCAAACAUAUCCCAUGAGCUGAAAACCCCGCUGAACGGCAUUCUCGGGAUGUGUGCGGUCUGUAUGGGCGAAGACGAUUUGCCAAGAAUCAAACGGAGUCUACAAGUCGUAUACAAAUCUGGCGACCUACUACUUCAUCUCCUAAACGACUUAUUGACCUUCAGCAAGAAUCAAAUCGGGCAACAACUGAGCUUGGAGGAAAAGGAAUUCCGACUUAUUGAUAUCAAAACACAGAUUCUCACGAUAUUCACGAAACAAGUUCAGGAAGGCAAGAUCAACUUUGACGUCCAGUUUCUCAACACUGAUACUGAGCCCGAUUCGGUACCUUUCACUGAGAAAGUCUUGCCUGCAAUGGGACCUCAAGGCGCGGGCAGGUUAAAAGAUAUGCAUCUAUGGGGUGAUCAACAUCGAAUUCUCCAGGUGAUCAUAAAUCUUGUUAGCAACAGCCUCAAGUUUACGCCCGAAGGUGGCAAAGUUGAGGUUCGAAUUAAGUGCUUAGGAGAAGCAGAGACGGUCUCGGAUGGAAGCAGAAACUCCUUGGGAUCAAAGCAGUCUUCACAACGCACUUCCAGGAACCGUCAACGCAACGAUUCUGGCUCGACUUCUCAGGUCUCAAGGAAGCCUUCCAAUUCCGCAUCCAACCCAGUAGGGACCGCGUUGUUUUUGAAUGCUGCAGAUCCAAAAUCCACACCUCGAAUUCAUGUUCGUGAGAGAUCACCAACACCUCCCCCAGCCAACGCAAAGGUUUACAUUUUCCAAUUUGAGGUUGAGGAUACAGGACCGGGCAUUCCCGAACAUCUUAGAGACAGGGUAUUCGAACCGUUUGUCCAAGGAGACCUUGGUCUAAGCAAGAAAUACGGUGGGACUGGUCUUGGACUGUCCAUUUGCUCCCAGCUUGCUAGUUUGAUGGGCGGAAGUAUAUCUCUUGUUAGUAAUGAUGCUGUUGGUACUACGACAGGCUCGACUUUCACGAUGAAAAUACCGUUGAAAUACACCCGCUCACGAGCUCCGUCGACAAGCAGCUCUGAAAUACAUUCCAGGCCUGCCAGUGUGUCAGGCAACGCAGAAGGAAAUUGUGCAUCAACGCCCAAGAUACCUGGGGAUGCCAGUCCAAAGGGGGGAUUUGAGAAAGAUGCCCAGCCGCGACUGGUUGGUUUGAGCCAACCCUUUUUCGCCGCUGCUCCAUCCUCAUCUUCUACAAAAGAUUCUAAGGAGCAAUUUGCUGCACUUGGUACCGCCUCUGCUGGGAAAGAGCCAGGUUCGAAGCUUCGAGUCUUGGUGGCCGAAGACAACCUGGUCAACCAAGAAGUCGUGCUCCGCAUGCUGAAACUUGAGGACGUCUAUGACGUUGUUGUUGCGAAGGAUGGCCAAGAAGCCUAUGAUAUGGUCAAGGAGAGCAUGUCCAAAAAUCAGUUCUUUGACUUGAUCUUCAUGGACAUUCAGAUGCCCAAUUUGGAUGGUCUUCAAAGUACAAGAUUGAUCCGACAAAUGGGAUAUGUGAAUCCAAUUGUCGCUUUAACAGCAUUUGCUGAAGAAAGCAACGUUCAACAAUGUUAUGACUCAGGGAUGGACCAUUUUCUCAGGUAA